GUACUUCCCUUAAACUGUUGGCUUUGGGAAAAUAACACCACCGACCCAAGCCUGGAGCGCAUUAACGGCUAAAACCAACAUAAUUUACAACCGAUUCCAUCAAGUCGCUUUUUCAGGAAUACGUAACAUUCAAGACACAAAAUGCCCCAGAACGAGCAUAUAGAGUUGCACCGCAAGCGGCAUGGCUACCGCCUGGACCACCACGAGAGGAAGAGAAAGAAGGAGAGCCGUGAGGCACACGAACGCUCCCACAAGGCCAGGAAGAUGAUUGGUCUGAAGGCCAAACUGUACCACAAACAGAGGCAUUCAGAGAAGGUCCAGAUGAAGAAAACCAUCAAAAUGCACGAACAGAGGAAGACAAAGCAGAAGAACGACGACAAGACUCCAGAGGGAGCGGUUCCCGCCUACCUGCUGGACAGAGAAGGACAGUCGAGGGCCAAGGUGCUGUCCAACAUGAUCAAGCAGAAGAGGAAAGAGAAAGCGGGUAAAUGGGAGGUGCCCCUGCCCAAGGUCAGAGCCCAGGGGGAGACGGAGGUGCUCAAGGUCAUCCGCACGGGAAAGAGGCAGAAGAAGGCCUGGAAGAGGAUGGUGACUAAGGUCUGCUUCGUUGGUGAAGGUUUCACCCGUAAGCCCCCCAAGUACGAGCGCUUCAUCAGACCCAUGGGUUUACGUUUCAAAAAAGCCCAUGUGACCCACCCAGAGCUGAAGGCCACAUUCUGCCUGCCCAUCUUGGGGGUGAAGAAAAACCCCUCGUCCCCCCUCUACACCACGCUGGGGGUCAUCACCAAGGGAACUGUUGUGGAGGUCAACGUCAGCGAGCUGGGUCUGGUCACACAGGGGGGAAAGGUCAUCUGGGGUAAAUAUGCCCAGGUGACAAAUAACCCAGAGAACGACGGCUGUAUUAAUGCUGUUCUGCUUGUGUAAAGAAAAGAAAAAAAGACUCUAAAGACAGUGCCUGUGAUUUUCCACAUUACCAGAGAUGUCUCUGGCUCUCUUCUCUCUCUUUUUGAGCAAUGGACCAGACCAGAAAAGCCAAGGUUGAGAGUAACCAAGCCUGAAAACCAUCAGGCACCAUUCAGAUGGCUCACUAUGUCUGUAUUGCUGUCACUACGGUUAUCUAACAGUAUGUAACAAAAAGGGGUGGAUUUGUCAAAUAAAGUUGUCAUUCAUUGAA